AUGUCUGACUACGAAGCAUUACUAGAGUUUAAUAAAAAAACAGUAACAAAGGAAAUGAUUGCAUACCUUUCAAAUAUUACUGAAUCUAUCAUACAGGUCAGAAGAUCUAAUAGUAUGAUUUCUAUUGCAUUACCACCUCCACCUUUAGUUAAAUUCAUCACAAAUCUUUGUCUAAAAUCAAAUGUUCAAACUCCAACUUUAAUGGCAACUACAGUUUAUCUAAAGAAACUUAAAAAUAUUAUCCCACCAAACGUUUACGGUAUCGAGUCAACAAGACAUAGAAUAUUCUUAGGUUGUUUAAUUCUAGCAUCUAAAACUUUAAAUGAUUCAUCACCUUUGAAUAAGCAUUGGGCUAGAUAUACUAGUGGUAUAUUACAAUUACGUGAAGUUAAUACUAUUGAGCGUGAAUUAUUAGAAUAUUUUGACUGGAAUAUACAAAUUACAACUGAUGAUUUAGUAAGCUCUCUAGAACAUUUCAUACAACCAAUUAAGGAAAAGAUAUUGAAAGACAGACAUCAAUUGUUCCUAUCUUUCAAUCCUCCUACUUCAAAAGAGUUAAGAGAAUAUGCCUCUCCAAAAGAUUCUUUAGCACACUCUCGUUCAUCUUCAAACACUUCACUACCCUCUCUCACUUCAGCAUCAAGUGCUGACUCUCUAAAACUACGCUCACCAUGUAGUACCAAUACAUCUAAUACAAACGUUCAAGAUAACAUUGAAAUAAUUGAUGAAAUGUCAGGAAAUAACAUUAAAAAUGCUGGUUCAUUAGACCCUUCAAAAGGUUUUAAAUCAAAUGAGGCCUAUAGUCUAGUUCCUCCUAGUUCUUUUUCUAACAUUUCUCAAGAUAAGGUAAGCAUAAAAAAAUCCCAAGGCUGGUCAUCAUUCUUCAAUUAA